AUAUCCCUCCUCUCCUCUGAGCCAGGACUCACCAAGGAGCCAGCGCUGUGGACGUUGGCGUCUAAGAAGCCCCCAGCCCCAGCUAACGGGACCUGGGACGUUGGCCACGACAAAGGCCGGAUGGCGGGCUUGUCUCUCAGCUGGGCGGUGCCCAGCGUCCUGGUGAAGGACGUGCCCGACUUUGAACAGCUCUUGCCGGAGCUGGAGGCCGCGCUGAAGCAAGCGCGCACGCGCGACCCCAGCCCCUGGGCCCACUUCUGCCGCUCGGGGCCGGGGGCGCUGACGUACCUGCCGCUGCCCUGCACGCUGCCCUUCGUAGCCUACCUCCGCAGCCGAAGGCUGGCGGCGUGGCUGCCCGAUGUGCUGGCCGACUUGCGAUGGAUGCAGGAUGUGCUCAGGAGCUUGGCUCUCGAAGUCUAUUCGAGAAUGAAGUACCAGCUCCUCGGGCUGCUGAGGUGAGGUGGGCAGAUCGG